AUGACCAAGGCGCAGAGGAAGAAGGCGCACGCUCGAGCGGAAGCUGCCAGAGCACGUGAAUUGACGGAUAGAUACAGAGAGGAUAAAGCUUCCAAGGUAGUCACUUUUGACGAUGUCGCCAAACUGCUGGACGGACCAUACAGUGCCAUGAAGGCGAAGGCAAAGAUCGAUGCGUUUGAUCUCCCUACUGUUGAGAUACAAGGAGCGCUCAGUGUGCGCCCCAAGGAUGUUGACCAGGAGGUUCCAGUGAUCAAAGCAAUACCGCAAGCGCCUGCAAUCAUUGCAGCAAUUGAAAACAUCAUGAUCAAGCAAGAUAUCGAUCUUCUGGCGUAUUGGCCUGACUACGGAUACGCGAAUUUCGAUCAGCUGGAUACCAUGGCUUCCCUUUUAGAAGCUCGAUCUCGUUUCAGCUUGGUGGCGAGAACAACGGAGUGGAUUGAUGGCGUGGAGUGGUGUAUUGCACAUCUACGUGAGCCCUUCGCGGAUACGAGCAACGUCACAAAGGUACUGUGCUCACAACUUUAUACCGAAUUCACACCAAAACUUACCGAAUCUGUGGUGUUUGCAGAACGAGCACAAGUGGAUGUGGAAGCUUUAAACCUCAGCGUUAAUAAAAUCCCCGGGGAGGUUGUGUCGGGGUACCAGCUUCUCGAUUUCCGCGAAAACCUGUGGCUUCAUACGGCGUCGAUUCAAGUGUCGAUGUUGGUGCUGCGCGAUGAGUAUCGCGGCGUCGGCAUCAUCAACCCUAGCUAUCAAGACUUUAAACUUCCGGAUCAAAGGCUGCGUACGGCUGAUGGUUUUCGCGCAAGUGAACCCAAGAACGAGCGAAUCAUAUGCAUCUUCCAUAUUGAUCGGCACUGGGUAACAUUUCUUGUUGAUCGAAACAUUCAUCCCAAGACAAUGAAGGCGACAUGUUACAUGUUCGACCCUAUGCAAUCCUCCCACAACUACAACAUCAUCGAAAAGAGCGUUCGAGCGACGAUUGAAGAUCUGCUGCAACUACAAGAUCAGGUUAUCUAUGAGAAAGUGAAAUGGUGCAACCAACAGGAUGGUAGCUCGUGUGGAGUAUGGUGUAUCGCAGUCUUGGAGAUGCUCCUCGCUAAGAAGCCGUGGGACAAAUGCAUUUACGACCUCCUGCCUUAUUUACGGAUGCGCUUCCUACACAAGGCGCUGGUUUUCGUUGAGAGCAAGAUUUAA